AUGGCAACAAAUAUCAUUAACCCAUACUUAAUUACAGACGUUUUGAUAAUAAUUCUUAAAAAUCUCGGCAUUCGUGAUUUACUUUCAGCGCUUCAAGUUAAUCGAGAAUGGAGUCAAGUCGCCGUUCCAAUGUAUUGGAGGGCACCAUUUAGUUAUACAAAAAAAAGGAGCUUACUCGCAUUAAAGAUUUACCGAUUGUUUCUCGAACAAAAAAACGAUCAAAAAAAUUCAUCUCAAAUAACUAUUCCAACGCUUUACGAUUAUCCAUUUUUUCUCAAAGAACUCAACUACACAAACCUACUAGAGCUUGACAAAGAAAUUAUAAAUGUUAAAGCAAUACUUAAAAUGAUGACAGAUCGUGAAAUUCGUCUAAAUACUUUCAUUAUGGAUAAUACCGGUACAAAUAAAGAAACCAUUUACGGAUUAUGGGCAAGAUCAUGCUAUGCCCCAAUAUUUAGUUCUCUUGUUCAUGUUGAAAUACAUGCGCCAUUUCGAAAAAAUGGUGUUAUAAAAGCAUUAGCAGAUAAUUGCACCAAGCUGUUCCACCUCGAUAUAAAUCUUUAUGAUAAUUCUAUUGUGCAUAAUGAAGAAUUGCUCAACGAUCUUAGUAAACUCUUUUCUGCUCAGAAACGCCUUUUAAAUAUUCGAUUAAUUUUUCCUAAUGGACCUGGAAAAAUGCUAAUUAAAAUAUUACAAUCAAGAUUUGAAUCCUUUAAACACCUUGAACUUGCAAAGUGGAAUUUCAACGAUUGCGAUUGGAAAUGGUUAAAGAAAUGUUCAAAUUUAACGGAAUUUGCAAUAACAAACCCUCAAAUUCAAGUCUCUGACAUUUUAGGUAAUAAAUACGAAAUUCAUCGCUUGAAGAUAUCAAAAAACUCCAAGAUUACAACUACGCAUUGGUGUUUUGACAAGAAUGAUAAAAUUCCCUCAGUUUCAAACUUUUACUUUCACCCAGUAAAACCUUCAGUGGAGCCAUAUCAUGAUGAGUCUGAAGUUGUGAUCAAACCAUUAGAUCAAUGA